UUACUGGCUGACAAACAAAGUCCCCAUCAAAAGACCAAGCACAGGUCUCCUCAUGUAUACACUUGCCACGAGAUUCUGUGAUGAAAUUCAUCUGUAUGGAUUCUGGCCAUUCCCCAAGGAUUUGAAUGGAAAGCCUGUCAAAUAUCAUUACUACGAUGACUUAAAAUAUAGGUACUUUUCCAAUGCAGGUCCUCACAGAAUGCCAUUAGAAUUCAAAACAUUAAAUGUGCUGCAUAAUAGAGGAGCUCUAAAACUGACCACAGGGAAGUGUACAAAGCAAUAAAGCACAUUUUGAAACAUAAACACUGAAUAUAAUGUCUUUUCUGAAGAUGCUUCUGCAGAUUUGAAAAUUGGAUCCAAAAUAAGGCUGUAUCAGUAUUCACCAAUUAACUGAAAGAUUGAUAAAGGAAAUUCAUGUGAAAUCCACUACCAGCUGAUGAAAUACCUGCAAAGUGCUCUAACAAUUCAAUAUUUCUGACUUCAAGGGUCCUAGUAAGUGCCACUUCCACUAAGAAUACAGUUUGAAUGUAUAAUCAGUAGUGUUUACAAGAUCCAAUAAUGCACUCAUCAUUAAUUAACAAAGCAAAUGUAUUCAUCACUGUCGGGCUGCCACUGCAAUGCCAAGCACACUGGAAGAGGAACGCGGUAAUACAACUCAGCCCUUGGGAAAUUAAAUCAUCCUUGUCAGCAGAAAUCAACAUGGAAACAGUUUGAGCAGUGAAAUCCAUAAGAUUAAAUAACUCAAGUAAAUGCCUUCAGUCAGGACUCUGAGUCUGAUCAUGUAUUUCAUGUUUUUAUUUAUGAUUUUGCUUGUCUUCUGGAAUCUCUUUUGGAUUGGGUUAUUGGGGUGCUUAGAAAUCUUUUUUGUGGUACAGAAAUGGGAAAUAUAUAUGAAUGAGAAAAAUAAAAUGUCAAGUAAUCUUUUCUAAAGUUCUUAUAUUUUUAAAAGCAAUCACACCAAAAUUUUUAAGUUUUAUUCUGCACAACUCUAAACCUCCAGAUUAUUUUCCAGUGGUGUAGAAGGUACCAGUCAAAGUAUACCACUCAGUAAUAGUGAACCAUUCUAAAGAAGAGAUAUUCCAUGUCUUCUAAGGUGAUAAAAUUAGCAGAAAAUCGCACUUUUGGUACCAAAGAUUAUAUUCAUGUUUCUACGCAACAAACCAUUUUCCUUUCAUCAAAAGAGAUCAUUGUUAACAUGAAUAUAUUAUUAUGCUACUAAUGUGCAACUGGUCUCUAAAUUUUUUUAAAUUUCCAAACUCAAACUUUAUUUUUAUUUUAUACCUUUUACACUUCAUAAUAAUUUUUUAUGGAAGCAUUUUGCCCUUUAGAUUAAAUGUUUGAUGGAUAUAGCUGGAAUGUGACCUCUACUUCUUCAAUAUUCCCCUUGUUAUCAAAUAUAAAGAUGAGCAUGGUCUUUAUAUCAUUGUUAAAUUUCUUAGUGCAAAAAACCCAUGAUUACUGGAGUGUUAUUUUCAUAAUGGAUGUGGUUAAUUUUAAAAGGUUUAACAAUGAAAUUGUGUGUCAGUAUUUUGGACUUAAUGUGAAUUCAAUUGACCAACAUUUUUCUGUAGUUAAAUUUGGUCAUAUUAUCACUGAAUGUGUUUGUGGAGAAACAUGAAAUUAUUCAUAAAGUAAUUUAAAAGAAUUUAAUAUAUAGCAGAAAUUACAGAAUAUCAGUAGGACAGUUUUCUGAUAACUUAUAUUACAGUGGUAGGUGACUCUGAGGGCAAAUUGCUUCUUUUGAAAGCAGAAGCACUGUGUUCUCACUUCCUUUUGGCCUGAAACAAGUUAUAUGACUUCUUGUUUCUUGGGGACAGAAAUAUGAGGAAAGAAGAAAUAGUACAAAGAAUAACUAUGUUUGUUUCUAAGUGAGGACAGUCUGAGAAAUGAAUGAAAAGCACGGAGAAUAAUAUGAUGCAUGUGUUUAUGUGUUCAUGGAAAAGGGUAAUCACAGUAGUAUAGUCAUCAAUAUUUUACAAUAUUUUAAUAAUAUGUGGUAUUAUUUUUUAAAAUAUAGUAGAACAUUGGAAUAGAGAAGACAAUAAUUUCUGUGAAUUCAUGUAUCUCUAAAGAAAGCAAAAUAGAAUUCAUAUGGGAGAUUCAUAGCUAAAGAUGAAUACAACUUAAUGUAAUUUUAUCAUUAAGUUUCUUAUCUAUUGGACAUUUUAAAAGAAUUAGAUACAUGUUUUGAAUAAAAAGUUGAAAAGUUUGAUUUACCCAAAAAAAAGAAAAGCAGGUGAUGUCUGACAUCUGAGUUUGGACUAUUUUCUGAUCAGUUGUUUUAGUAGCCUUAAACAUGAAUUCAAUAGAAAUCUAGAAGUCAUAAGUAAAUUUUUACAGGUAAAAUCCAACAUAUGUCUUAUAAAGCAGAGCAAGGUACCUUGCCACUUUUACUGAAUUUUAAGCAACUGUAUUUAAACAAUUUUCAGGCCACAGCAAACACAUCUCAGCCAUCCACUAUUCUGUAUUGAUGUUUUUCUCAUAGAUGCAUUGGGUAGUGCCUUUUUAGCGUCUUCACAUUGCUUUUUUACCCUGCGCUUUGUGUUCUCAAAAUACUGCCCAGUUCUGAAAAUGUUCACCUAAAAAGGGCUUCAGAUUUGACAGAAACUAUUUUUGUUCAUCUCAGGGAACUUUCAAUACUCAAGAAUGAAUUCAAUUAAAGAUAUUUAGUGUUCAAAGAAGACAAUUGUACCAGAUCAUUUCAUUCUCCAAUAUGUACCUUUCUAUCUGUUCUCCCCCUUCGAUAUCUACCAGGGCCUUCUUCUAAGAAUAGAGCAAGGAGAUCAUUGAAGGCUAAAAGCAAGCAUAUGAAAAAAGGGUUGAGAUUUAACUAACAAGGGGGCAUAGGGAUGAUAACAAAAUCAAAUCAUAAGUACAUACUUGAUGUAUCUGGGAUUCUUUUCUCUUGAAAAAUCAUAUGUUUGCAGCUUUAAUUUUUUAUUUGUUUUUCAUGAUUUUACCCUGGCAAUGCUCAGGCAGCUGACUGUGAAGUAUUCCUGUUCUUUAGGUAACAUGCUUGUUACUGUGCUGUUGAAUAGACCAUGGAAACAUUUUCAUCAUUAUUACUCAGCCUGUUCUAUGAUUAAUAUUAAGUUGCUGAAAUAAAAACUGCAUCAGUAAUAAAUUUUCAGGGCAAAUCUAAGGAUUCGGCCCAGAAGACUGAUGAAACUACUGUGGAAGUUUUUCUCACUGAAAGAGGGUGCUGGGUAUUCAAGUGUCUACAUGUGUUGUAUAUCAUAUGACUUGUAUAUCAGUUGUUAAUGACAAUUUCACAUAGAUGCUUACAGAGGUGAUUUACUUAAAAAUGCUAGAAGUAGUGUAACUAGUUAUUCAGCUACUACGCAAAACAAGGGUAAAUGAAGUAAUUUAUUUCUAAUUCAGCCAGUUAGUCAUAAUGCACAUAUUGUGGUAUUUGGUUCAUUAAAGAGUUAUUUUAAUGUGGUUAUUGUAAGGACUAUAAUUGUGAAAGGGGUGUGGGAAAAGUUAUGUAUAGUUAGUUGUUAUCUCUACAAGUUAGGACAUUUCCCCAUCACACAUUAUCAAUACACCAAUGUUUUGCAAAUCGAGUGAGGGUUCUUGUAAGUAUUUGAUAAAAGAAAAUCCAAAUAAAGCCCACCUAGAAAUAGAUAUUUUAUUAUAUAUGUGCUAUAGAUAUAUCUAUAUAGUACAAAUAGACAUGUGUGAUGCAUAUAUACAAUGUUAUAUAUGUGCAUUUGUGUGUAUACAUACCAAGUCUGAAAUAUGUACACACUAGGUUUGUAUUAUCUUACGUCUUCAGGGUCUGCACUGUGAAUUACUCUGGAGAUAAAUAAGACCACUUUAGAAUGAAGAAGUUCUUCUGAGACUUCAGUUACUAAUCUGCUUUAAGAGAAAUCUGCUUUAUAAUGAAUUCUAUGUUGUCCAUACCUAGAUUUACAAUAACAGACUAGUAUUUCUGAAUAUUUCAAAAAAUAAAGAAGAAAAGGAAAAUGAAAAAAAAUGUCUUCAAGCUGGCAAUGUAUUAAAAUUGCAGUUUUCAGAUUGCAGCUCCAGGCCUUGUGUAUCUCAUUUAAGUGGCACCGUUUAGCAAAUACUGUUUGUUUGUGUUGGUAAAAGCACAAAUACUUCAAAUGUAUAUAGCAGGAAAAAAGAGUUUACAGACAUAGAAUUGCUGCACAGGAUAAUUGCUACUGAGUAUUUCUUAUACCGUUUGUGGAAUCAGAAGAUGAGGUUUAGUCUGUCAGGUUCAUUCUGUUCAACACUGUUCUCCUAUUGUUUGUGUAUAGCAGUUGGGUAUUAUUGUUUUAUCAUUUGUGAAAUUGUAAAAUAAAUUAAAUCACUUGUUCUUUUUUCAAUUUUUCUCUUAUCUCUUUUAUCCAUGCCCUCAGUUUCACUUUCUACAUCAUGUGAUUGUAUAGAGUAAGUUUUUGUUACCUCUUUGGUGUUCCCUAUGCCUCAGCACCAGUCAUUGACAACUAGACUAAACAUUUAUUUUCGUAUGUGAAUGGGGAUACAAGCAGUGUCAAUACCCCCACGAACAUCUUGAAAUCCUUAACAGUAUUCCACAUGGUUGUGGUUUUGAAAAUGGAGCAUUGCAUAAGCGACAGUCAUUUAUAUCUAAUUUAGACGCCCACUGACUGAAGUAACUGAGACAUUGAAACUCCACAGCUGAAGUAACUACUUACCUACUGCCUGCUCUUGAGCUGCCCAUUAGUUUGUGAGUUCAUCUGCAAACUGCUGUUUGCAGUGAGUUCCAGGAAAUUAUUCUGAAAUACUAUAUACUUAAUUUUUUUCCCAUGGCUCCCUGUAACUUCUAGAUCUGUUUUAAGACACUGAACUGUUUUCUGGAGAAUAUUUUAGCUGUAGUUUCACAAGGACACUAUCAGCAUUCUAUAAGUGAGAAACAUUU